UGACGGGGUCGACUACGGCUCCAGAGGAUAUGAGAUACAUGUUAGACAAGGGAGAUGCAAAAUUUGUCGAUAUUAUUCAUACCAAUGCAAAACUUGGAGGUUGGGGCAUGGUUUCGAAUACCGGAACAGCCGACUUUUUUGCCAACGGCGGAAAAACGCAACCAGGAUGCGAAUUCACGGACGAUGUGCUAAACGGAUGCAGCCAUUCUCGAAGUUGGCAGUAUUUUGCCGAGUCCAUAGGGUCAGAAAAGUACCCAGCGUGUAAAUGUCCAAGUCAAGAUGAAAUUAAGAGAGACAUAUGCAAAUGCCGACAAAGGAAUGAAAUUUACAUGGGAGACUUGUGCAGCACAAAAGCUCGCGGAAGUUUCUAUGUUGGAGCCCUGUUAGAAAACCCGUACGACGAUACAUUAAUUGUAGAUCUUGAACUAGAAGAAGAUGCGAUAUUUGAAGAUAAAGAAAAUUUUGUUUAGUUUGUAUUUAUUUUAUUUUUCAUAUCUAAUAAAACGACGAGCGUCACACGAAUCAGGAAAUUUCAAACACAAAAAUAUGUAUUUAAAUAUAUAUUUCAUGCAACGUUUCAUGAGAUUUUUAAACAUUUAACUAGUUAUCUUUAAACAUAAGUUAGUUCUAAACUAAAUAACACAAAUACGAUAACUUGUAUAUAAUAGUAACAAUAAGAAG